AAUCAACUUUUAGAAUCUUGUUUAUGUGUGUCUCCACAUUUCUAAAUUCUAAACCCAUCUUGAUAUUUCUUUCAUCACCAUACCCAUUUGUGUUUUGUGUUUAUAGAUAUGGCACUGUUGGUAGUAAUAUCUAUUACUUAAUUAGUCCCACACAAUUGUUCUCAAUUAUUAGUCAAUGUAUGUAUGGCUGAUCCAUCAAGUAAUGUCCCUUCGGAUGACCAACCACCAACUCCACCACUCAUAUCCAUUACUGACCCUCCAUGGCCUCCAACAAUUGGUGCUGCUACAACUACUACUGUUGCUGACCUUCAGGUGCAGGUGCAGCCACAUGAUCAGUCUGCGACAUCUGCUCUGGACAACCUAUCGCCUGGACCCGCUAUUUCUCCGGGAAGGUCGCCGAGGUCGCCAGGGACUUCUAGGAGGUAUAGGGGCAUCCGGAGAAGGAGUGGAAAAUGGGUAUCUGAGAUACGUGAGCCACGUAAAACAAAGCGUAUAUGGCUCGGUACCUACCCUACUGCUGAAAUGGCGGCUGCGGCAUAUGAUGUGGCGGCGAUUGCCCUUAAAGGUCAUGAUUCAUCAGUACCGCUGAACUUUCCGGAAAUGAUGUUUUCAUAUCCAAUACCGAUUUCUACCUCCGCCAAUGAUAUUCGGGCAGCAGCAGCCAGUGCCGCGGCGUUGAGACAGCUUAGGCCAGAACACGACACGAGUGUCAGACCGGAUCCAGGUAAGCCUGGAGAAGAAGGUAGUUCAAGUAUUGGUGGCACUAGGGCAGCUGGACCUGUGGAGGAGCAGCCGUCCAAGAAAGACUUUGUUGAUGAGGAUGAGCUGCUAAACAUGCCAAAUUUGCUCGUGGAUAUGGCCGGAGCAAUGAUGGUAAGCCCGCCGAGGAUAAACUCGCCUCCAUCAGAUGAUUCACCAGGGAAUUCGGAUGCAGAAACCUUAUGGAAUUAUCCUUGAAUUAAACUACUGAGAUUGGUAAAAAGUUUUGAGUACAAUGUUAAGAAAAUCAACCCAUGCUUUUUGAUCUUUGGCUCCGAGCUAGGGAUUUUGGUUUUCUCAAACAAAGGAAAAAAAAAGGAAUUUGGUUUGAUUCUGUUUUUGCCUUGUGUGAGAGUUGUACUCCAAUGAUUAAGAAAUUUUGGAGAAAUUAAUUUGGAUGAUUGAAUGAGUUAUUGUUGUUGAUAGAGUGUAAAACUGUAAAUUGAUAUGUUUUCAUUUUUGUGUUAAGUUUUGCCUGUCUUCAUUAAAGGGGCAUUGAAUUU